CUUGCAUCCAGAUCAGAAUGGAGAACGUAAUUUCGCAGCCACACGUUCCAGGUGAUGAAGUGGUGAUUCGCAAGUCUGUAAGCUACCAUCCCACCGUUUGGGGUGAUUACUUUAUCGUACAGGCGCAGUCCUCCCCCAGUACACAGGAGUGCGAUGCAAGGAUGCAAGAGAGAGCUGCAGAACUGAUGGAGCAGGUAAGAAGCAUGUUCAAGGACACUACCGACAUCUUGCAAACUAUGGACUUGGUCGAUUCAAUCCAGCUUCUUGGAUUGAGUUAUCACUUCGAGAAAGAAAUAAGUGAAGCAUUAAACCGAGUCCAUGAUGCCGAUUUUAACGAUCAGGCUCUCUACGAGACUGCUCUCCGGUUUCGCUUGCUGAGACAAGAAGGGUAUCAUGUGACCCCUGAUGUUUUUAACAAGUUCAAAGAUGAGAAAGGGAGUUUCAUGUGUACCUUGGAAAGUGAUGUGAAGGGACUGUUAAGCUUGUACAACGCAGCUCAUCUUGGGACUCACAGGGAGAUAAUUCUUGAUGAAGCCAUCUCUUUUACCAGGAACCAUCUAUUAUCUGCGUUAGGCGAUCUUAAACCACCAUUAACAACGCAAGUGUCUCUUGACCUCGAGACACCUCUAUAUAGAAGGAUGAGAAGGCUCUUGGCAAGAGAUUAUAUCUUUAUAUACCAAGAGGAUGCCACACGAAAUGAUGUCAUACUGGAGCUUGCAAAGCUGGACUUCAAUAUACUACAAUCUCUUCAUCGUGAGGAGCUUAAGAACAUCUCUUUGUGGUGGAACGAAAUAGCACCCUUCAAAAGUCUCGAUUUUUCUCGAGACCGAUUGGUGGAGUGCUACUAUUGGACUCUGGGCAUAUACUUUGAACCCCACUAUUCCCGUGCACGAAUGAUAACGGCCAAGGUCAUUGCCCUAAUCACUAUUAUGGAUGACAUCUAUGAUGUCUAUAGCACACUGGAGGAGAGUCGACAAUUCACCGAGGCAAUCCAAAGAUGGGACGCAAAGACUGUUCAUCAACUACCAGAGUAUAUGAAGGACUACUUUCUCAAGUUAAUUCACACCUUUGAAGAGUUUGAAACUUUGUUAGCACUCGAUGAGAAGUAUCGCUUAUACUAUCUUAAGGAAGCGGUACGUGAUGAAUCUGUAAGACCUUGUUUAAAUUUUCAUGAAUUAGCAUUACAAUUAGCGAAUACAAUGAUUGUACAGAGAAUAAUCAUUCCAUAUGUGACAAUCAUGAAGCGAGAUGUUAAAAUUCCAUUUCUUACAUAUACAUGGCUCAUGCAUUAGGUACAUUAAGGAAUG